AUGUAUCGGUUUGGUUUGAAGCACCGACUAAUUGCCGCUCUACCUACACGCAGUGGACAAAUAAACAUUGACCAAAACAAGAAUACACUGGAUGCGGUCACAUAUCCCUGUACAAAUUCGUUUCCUGGAUACAAUUACAUGGCGAGUCACAUCGGACAUUACAACUACACAGUACUAAACAGUUUUAUACCAAACUCCAAAUUCAUAACUAUAAUGCGUUCACCUUACACUCAGAUGGAAUCUGCGUUUUAUUACAUACGAGCUGACUACAAGCAUAAACUCGAAAAUUUCAGCAAUCCGUUCGCCGAGUUUCUUCACAAUUAUUCUAAAAUCAAGUAUCGCUUCACGAUGCAUUCAAUAACAACAGGAAAGUGGGGCCAGCUCAGUAUGUUAGGCUAUAACUGGGCGAAGCUCAAACAAAAUCAUCAUCAUAUUAAGACGAAAAUACUGGAACUUGACAAAGAAAUGGAUUUAGUAAUGAUUACUGAGUAUAUGGACGAAUCCUUAGUGUUACUGAAAAAACUGAUGUGCUGGACAUUUGAUGAUAUCGUGUAUCAUUCGUGCAAAGUAAGAGCCCCGGGAGGACGGGUACCUUUGAGUCAACGCACAAAAGAAGUUGUCGCGAACUGGAACGCUGGCGACCUGUUACUAUACGAUUCCUUCAACAAAACAUUUUGGCGAAAAAUAGAAAACUAUGACGGUAAUUUUGAAGAAGAUUUGCGUUUAUUCCGAAAAAAGCAAAUUGAAAUUACGAAGAAGUGUCUGAAUAGCUCUAGUGAAUAUUGUAGACUUUUGAGCAUCGAUGCCGACAAAUUUGCGAGAGAAAUUGUCAAAAACAGACAGCAUGAUUUAUUUUGUAGAAAGUGA